AACGUAGGAAGUUGCAAGCGUAAGCGUGCAUAUUGAGUUUGGUAUCGAGAAAAGAAAAAGAUCGUGAAGCAUGUCGGGAAGAGGAAAGGGAGGGAAGGGUCUGGGAAAGGGAGGAGCGAAACGACACCGUAAGGUUCUGAGGGAUAACAUUCAGGGAAUUACGAAGCCCGCGAUUCGGCGUCUGGCGAGACGUGGCGGCGUUAAGCGUAUCAGCGGUCUCAUCUACGAGGAAACUCGCGGAGUUCUCAAGAUCUUCCUCGAAAACGUCAUUCGCGACGCUGUUACCUACACCGAGCACGCUCGUCGCAAGACUGUUACUGCCAUGGACGUUGUUUACGCCCUCAAAAGGCAGGGGAGGACCCUCUACGGUUUCGGUGGUUAGAGAAUUGGGGAUUAGGGUUUCAAUUCUUCUGUUCAUAUUGUGCAAUAGUUCUUGAGCUUUAGCUUAGGUUGAACAAUUGUUUUUGUUUGCCUUUCAGGUUAUGCUUCGAGAAUUUUUAAUUUGUUAAUCCGAUUGACAUCAACUUUUUCAUUAUUUUGUAGCCUGGGCGCACGCUUUGUGUAUUUGUGAUUUCUCGUUAAUUAGUUCCAA